UUGGGAAAAGUCCAAUUGAAUGAAUUAUAUAUAUAUUAUUUUGUGAAUGUUCAUCAGGGCAAAGAUGGUGCAAGUGAGCUGAACAUUGAGGACAAAAAGCGAUUGGAAGACAGACUGAAGACAUUAAGAAGAGAUGUGGAUUGUAGGCAAAUUGGCCUGAAGAAGUUGAGGACUCUCCUGGAGCGCCUGAAAGGAUCUGACAUCUCAACUGGGCCCAGUAACAAUAGCAAGGAUACCCAACAGCACCAGUGCCUCGCAUUACUAAGGGUCACCCUCACCAUGGACCCGGAGAACCCGAGGUUCGAACUCACUGACUCUGGAGAGGAAAAUACGAAUGCGGGUGUGGUUGUGGAACAUGCUGAAGCAUCCACCAGAUUGGAGAAAGGAGACAGGAUACUGGAGAUGAACGGGAAGAAUGUGUUGGAGGACUGUGCAGAGGAGAUCAGAAGCGACAUCUUGUCCAAACUGAAGCCUGGUGACCAAGUGGAAUUGGUGGUCUCAAGAGAACUCACUUUGGGUCAUAUUUUUGAGGCAAAGCGUUUGCGAGAAGAGCUUUCUGUAGUUGUGGACACUCUACAGUGGUGA